AUGAAGAUUCCUAACAUUGGUAAUGUGAUGAAUAAAUUUGAGAUCCUUGGGGUUGUAGGUGAAGGAGCCUAUGGCGUUGUACUUAAAUGCAGACACAAGGAGACACAUGAAAUUGUGGCUAUCAAGAAAUUCAAAGACAGUGAAGAAAAUGAAGAAGUCAAAGAAACCACUUUACGAGAGCUUAAAAUGCUUCGCACUUUGAAACAGGAGAACAUAGUGGAGCUGAAGGAAGCCUUCAGAAGAAGAGGAAAAUUAUACCUCGUUUUUGAAUAUGUGGAAAAAAAUAUGCUUGAAUUGCUAGAAGAAAUGCCAAAUGGAGUUCCACCAGAAAAAGUGAAAAGCUAUAUCUACCAGCUAAUUAAAGCAAUUCAUUGGUGCCAUAAGAAUGAUAUUGUUCAUAGAGAUAUCAAGCCAGAGAAUCUCUUAAUAAGCCACAACGAUGUUCUGAAGUUGUGUGACUUUGGCUUUGCUCGUAAUCUCUCUGAAGGAAGCAAUGCUAACUAUACAGAAUAUGUGGCUACCAGAUGGUACCGCUCCCCUGAACUCUUGCUUGGAGCCCCUUACGGAAAGGCUGUGGAUAUGUGGUCUGUAGGCUGUAUCCUGGGAGAGCUGAGUGACGGGCAGCCCUUGUUCCCUGGUGAGAGUGAGAUUGACCAGCUCUUUACCAUUCAGAAGGUGCUAGGCCCACUGCCAGCCGAGCAGAUGAAGCUCUUCUACAGCAACCCACGCUUCCAUGGCUUGCGGUUUCCAGCAGUCAAUCAUCCACAGUCUUUAGAGAGAAGAUACUUGGGAAUUUUAAGUGGUGUAUUGCUUGAUCUUAUGAAGAACUUAUUGAAGUUAGAUCCAGCAGACAGAUAUUUGACAGAACAAUGUUUGAACCAUCCUUCAUUUCAAACCCAAAGACUCUUGGAUCGCUGUGGAAGCUCACCUUCGCGGUCAGCUAAGAGAAAACCUUACCAUGUAGACAGCAACACGUUAUCUAACAGAAAUCAAGCCAGCAAAAGUUCUGCUUUGCAGUCACACCACAGAUCAAACAGCAAGGAUAUACAGACGCUAGGGGUUGGCGGGCCAAGAGAAGAGGGUCUUCCAGCAAAUGAAAGCUUUUUAAAUGGAAACCUUCCUGGAGCUGCACAUAGUCCAAUGCAUACAAAAAAAUCAAGCAACACACCUGGAUCUGGCAACAAGGAUCUAGCCAAUAAUAACAUGCCACAUCUUCUCAGCCCAAAGGAAACAAAGGCAAAAACAGAAUUUGAUUUUAAUGUGGACCCAAAAAGUUCUGAUGGUCCCGGCACAAAGUACCUGAAGUCUAACACCAGAUCUCAGCAGAACCGGCACUCAUUUAUGGAAACUUCUCAGAGCAAAACUGGGACACUGCAACCCGGUGAUAAGCACAGUCGCCACAGCUAUAUUGAUACCAUCCCACAGUCUUCUAAGAGUCCUUCGUAUCGGACAAAGUCAAAGAGCCAUGGGGUUCUGACAGACUCGAAAUCCGUGGGCAACCUUUCUGAGGCCAGGGCCCAAGCUGCAGAACCAAACAGCAGUAGGUAUUUUCCAUCCAGCUGCAUGGACUUGAACUCUCCUACCAGUCCAACUGCUCCCCGACACAGUGAUAACAGAACUUUGCUCAGUCCGUCUGGGAGGAAUAACCGCAGCGAGGGUACCCUGGAUACCCGAAGACCAUCAACAAGACACUCCAAAACGAUGGAGGAAUUAAAACUGCCAGAUCACAUGGAUGGAAGCCAUUCCCACUCUCUAUCUGCUCCACAUGAAUCUUUUUCCUAUGGUCUAGGUUAUACCAGUCCUUUUUCUUCACAGCAGCGCCCUCAUAGACACUCUAUGUAUGUGAGCCGGGACAGAGUGAGGUCAAAGGGCUCAGAGGGUGGCUUAAGCAUAGGGCAAGGGAUGGCAGCCAGAGCAAACAGCCUGCAACUGUUAUCUCCACAGGUGCAGCAUAAGUCACUCACAAGAUCUGUUGGCUCAUCACGAGAAGACUGUACAGAAGAUACUAAUAGGGGUGGAGCAUAUCACGAUCCACACACAGAAGAUGGAGCAUCUACUAAGGAAAAUAGAAUUCUGUAUAAUGACCCUGUUCCGAGAAGAGUUGGCAGCUUUUACAGAGUUCCAUCUCCGCGUCCAGAGAGUACGUACAUAGAAAACAAUGUGUCAAACAGAACCUCUGUGUUACCAGCAGACAGCAGCACGGUGGCAAACCACACAAAGAGACAAACCACCUUUGAUACCUGGAAAAGUCCUGAAAACCUUAACAGUCACUCAGAACAGCUCAAGGAUAAAGAAAAGCAAGGUUUUUUCAGGGCAAUAAAAAAGAAAAAGAAGAAAUCUCAAACUAUGCCUAGCAGUGAUGGUCAGGAUCUCUUGGCGUUACAGAAAGCCAUUCAUUCUUCUAAUCACCAGAGCAGCAGGCAGAAGGAUUGGCAUCCUGAGAAGAUGACAGAAAUCCAGCCUCAUAGCCAGCCAUUAAAAUCUCUCCGAAAGCUCUUACAUCUGUCCUCUUCAAAUCAUCCUGUCCCUGCUGAGCCUCGCUUCCAGCCCUUACCAAGUCAGCCAGCCAAAGCUUCUUUUUCUGAAGUGCGAAUUCACCCCAUGAGUCAAAGCUCCAGCAGCGGCAGCAGCAACGCGCGGCAAGAGCCCCAGCCGAAAAGCAGACCGACGCUGCAGAUACCAAGCCAGCUGGAACCUACCUGGCACGUCUCCCCGGUGAACAGGAGCGCAAGUGAUGGGCCUCCCUACUCCGACCAGCUGCCUUCCAAGAGCGGACAGAACGGGCACACGUAUAACCGAACAAACCGAUCGCGAAUGCCAAAUCUGAAUGAUUUAAAAGAGACAGCCUUGUAA